AUGAAUUUGUAGCAAUGGGCAAGUGGAUUUAAGUGUAUGUUAGGACAUUAAUAAAAUGAAUAUAUGCUUUGUAUAUCACCAUAAUGUCCUUAAGUUCGUAGAUUGAUAUGUCGAGAUUAUUGUAUUCCAUAUUACCAUAGGAAUCAUAGAGUGAUGUAAUUGUCCUAGAUUGAAGAUUUUUUGAAUUAGUUUUUGAAUAUGAAAUAGCCUCAUUUACAUGAAUCAAUAGAAGAGAUAUUAGAGGAGAUAGAGAAUUUGAGAAUUGAAUUGAAUAAAAUAAUCGAUGGUAUAGUAGAUAAGAUAAAGAGACAUUUUGGGAGAUUUAGUUAUUAAGCUUAGAAGUAUGCAUAGGAAUUUUAAUUUGUUUAAGAGCCAGAGAGAAUUGAAUAGUUAUCAAAAGAAUUAAUAGAGAUAGCAACAUUGAAAUAAGAUUAAUUAAAAAUAAAGAUAGUUAAACCUUUAUAGUAAUUGACAGUAAGUAAUUUAUUGAAAGAGUGUAUUUAAAAGUUGAGUACUUUUGCAAUAGGAAAUAAUGAAGUAAAUUCUGUAAAGCCAGAGAAUUUAGUAGGAGCAUUCAAUAAUCAUAUUCGUUCAAUAUAAAGUGAUGGAGAGGUUUGGUGUUUAUAACCAACAAAGGGAGGGGAAUUAAUAAGUGGAGGAGAUGAUAAUAAGAUUACAAUAUGGAAUAUGAAUACUUUGGAAAAAUAAUGGGUUUCUAAGAAACAUCGAGCUAUUAUAACAUCAUUAGCUAUAACAUCUGAUUCUAAGGUUUUAGUUAUGGGAAGUUCUGAGGGGUAUAUAAAAUUUAUUGAUAUGGAGACAAAAAAAUUUAUUAAAAAGUUAAGAGGUCAUACAGAUCAUGUAAGUUCAUUACAUUUUAAUUUUUUGAAUAAUCGUUUAUUAUCUUCUGGUNAUUUAUAUGUUAGCAAUAUAUGA